AUGAGUUAUAUUUAUAUCAUAAUAACAGAGAUAAGUUAUGGUUAUGGGCUUGUUUGUGCAGUUCUUUUAAAUUGGAUUUAUUCAUGUGGAUUUUGCGAUAGUGUUGUUCUCCAGUCUUAAGCUCAGUACCACCAUGGCACAAAGUCCAAAAAAGAAAACGUCAUUAUUUUACUGGUAUCAUAGUUUUAUUAAGUGGAUUUAUCAUUUUAUUACUGGAAGAUGUGAAUUGGAAAGAAUAUGUUAUAAUAUAAAGUGUCGUGUCACCUGCAAUCUUCAAAUUGAAAAUUCACUCUUGAAUUCCAAGUCAAAGGUUUUGAAUGAAAUUUUAACUACUACAAAUAUUGACAUCAACAAAGUUGUACAAGAUGUGUUGAAUGUGAAAAAGAUUGAUGCAGAUAAGAGUCUUGUAUUUAUUGAGAGGUUUUCGAAAUGUGUCGUUCAAAUAUCUGGCUACAUUGAUCUUAUUGAUCUUCUUGGAAAGAAGACAAAAAUUGUAUUUUCUUGUGACAAUGCAGAACACGAGAAAAAGUUGUUACAGCUUUGGUCUUUGCUGAUGCCCGAUACUGUUUUGGAAAGUCGACUUUCUUCACAAUGGGGAGAAAUCGGUUUUCAAGGCAAGAAUCCUGCUACUGAUUUUCGUGGAAUGGGAAUUCUUGGACUAGAGAAUCUUUUAUAUUUUGCAAGCAAGCAAAAUAAUGUUUGUAGGAAAGUCCUAUCCGAGUCUCGUCACCCAAAAUACUGGUACUCAUUUGCCAUAGUUGGAAUCAAUAUUACGGCUUUGUCUUUGGAUUUAUUAAAAACUGGUGCACUGAAGCCCCAUUUUUAUAAUACUGUAUCAGGCAAACCUACAAUGGAUGAUUUUCACAAAGUUUAUUGUUAUUUGUUUCGCACGUUUAGUGCAUUCUGGUUAGAGCAGAAGCCGGCUUCUGUUAUGGAAUUUAAUCGAAUCCGAGAUGAAUUUAGGGUGACAGUAGUAAGCAUGCUUCAAAAUCCAUCUGCCAUUUUGGAUGUUGAAAAUAUGCGUAUUAGAGAAGAUGAUGACGUGAAGUCAGUGCAAUCUAUAUCUUCCCAAGACCUUGAAUAACUUUAUGAAGAUUGCUUAUACCUUUUUUUAAUUAUGGCCAUGGAAUGCAAUAUGUUUAAGUUAGAUGGUUAAGAUAAGUGGAAGAACUAGGGAUCUGAAUGUGCACAUGCGGGUCUUCUAUAUUGUAGUGAUAUGUCUCUGUUCGUUGAAUUUGUUUGACCCCAUCAAUGGUUUGACCUUACCAUCAUGGAAAGGAUCAUGUUUUAAGAAUAAGAAAUUGAUUUGCUACCAAGAUAUCGUAGAAAUCACUCAAGAGAAUACAGGCAUUACAAGAAAAAAUACAGCCAUGACCGAAAAAGAAUUAAAUCAUUGCUAAUAAGGAAUACAACCAGUGAACUAUAGCCUAAAAGAAACGCAACAAUGCAAUUAUAUGACAUACAAAACAAUAUAUGCUCAUCUUACAAAAUAUAAACAACCGUAACACAAA